UAUGAGACAAUGUUAAGUGCAGUUGGGUUUGAGAGGAGAAGCUUGUGAAUGAAAUGAAAAUAGAAGCAGUGGUCUCCAGAAUUUUCUGCCUGUUCUGAAAAGGAUGAAAAAGAAGCCAUCAGCUCUUUUAUGUAAUUCAAACUUUGCUGAAGACCAGGAAGGGGAAAGAUUUUCAAAAUAUUUGAAUUCUGGUUUAUCUAUGAUGAACUUCUCGGAGCUGAAACUAUGUCAGUUAACUCUUACUGAGUGAGUAAUUUGAGCAAAGUCAAAUAGGUACAAAUAGUAAAUUAACUUGCUAUUCAACAUUGUAGCACAACUUUAUUCACCAGGGCAAAAUCUUCUUAAGUUUCUUCAUUAAGAGAAAUGGAGUAAUUAGUGUUGAAUGCUCUAGUUAAAUUUUUUGAAUGGUAUUUAUUUACUCAAAAGAUGCUGCCUGUUAGAAUUUUCUCAUGGUGAACUUACGGCAGAGCCACAAAAUCAUAUUCUUUAUGCCUGAGGAGAUGUGUCUGUUUUCUUUCUUGGUAUUUUGUUUUUAUGUAGCUAAAAUACCCUAGCUUUUCCUAAAAGAGAACGGCCUUCAAUUUUCCCCAUAUCUUUUACUUCAGAUUUUUUGUCUUCGUUCUGAUAUCAGUGUAAAACAUAAGCUGGGCAAGCAGACUUCCAACUUCCCCUAGUUCUGUGAUCUAGUUUUUAGUUAAAAUUGUAAUGAUUUUGUGUGAAAUGUUUUAAUUAUUUUUGACUUUUUGUUCCUCCCAGUGGUCACUGUGACUUUAGUUUUUGUCAUUCACAUUGUUUUGUAUUACAUUGCUUUAUUAGUCAUAAAAAUACUAACUUCGUAGAAUUAUGGCAGUCACCUUGGACUUUGAAUUAAAUGAGGCUGUAGAAACCUUAUACAUCCUCAGAUUGACCUGGCUGCUUUCAUUGUAUAGUAAAAUGGUAAGAAUUUGGCUUAAUUCAGGAGUUCUAUGAGAUAAUAAAGUUGAGUCAGAUGCUGCCUUGAUACGUAAUUAGUUAUCUUUCUAUAGGUCAGCCCUCUAAUGUUUUUACUGUCCUCUAGGUGUAAUGUGUAAUUAUUUUAAAAUAAUCAUUAUGUUGCUGUCACGUGAGCUGCUUUUUAUAUUUUUUUGGUUCACUCAGGAAGGGAGAGGAUGCAUCAGCCAGGAGAGGCUAAGUUAUGUAAUGGCAACAAUGACCCCAAAUCUCAAAGGCUUACAAAAGUGUUUUCUAUCUCAUUCAUGCUACAUAUCUAUCACAAGUCAUUUGCACUUCUGAUCCAAAACAUCUUCACUCAGUGGUCCCAACUGAUGGAGCAGCCCCCAUCUGGAACAUUGUGGAUCUCAUGGCAGAAGGAAAAAGAGGACAUGGUACUUGGAAGUUCUGGUAAAACAUACACAUGUUUGGCCUCUUGUCAUUACUGUUCAUGUCCUGCAUUUGCCUUCUCAGUGCUACGGAAGAGUGACAGCCUACUGUGCAAGCAUCUCUUGGCAAUUUAUCUUAGUCAGGUAAUGGGGACCUGCCAGCAGCUAAGCGUCUCUGACAAGCAGUUGACUGACAUAUUAUUGACUGAGGAGGAACAAGAGCGUAAAGGUACAGACUGAGCAUCGUUAGGUUUCAAAAGAGAAGUCCGUCAAGAAAUAUAUUUUAAAUUGUCCUGGUUCACAUGAGAAGAGAGCUGAAAUGGAUAUUCCAGAGGCUUCUUGUUGCUGUGACACUUCUGUCCCUUUUCCCACUUGGCCUGCAGGAGGAGCUGUUGGGUAGAACCCAUGAUGUAUGUUUAGAAUCCCUAUACAAGUCUCCUCUUGAAAAAUCUCACCAGUCUCUGAGCCCCUUGGGUAAAUAAUUUCCCUGGAUGGAAUCAAGCAUUUUACACUCAAGUAAAGCCUAAUAUCAUGUCGUGUCCACAGUUAGUUAGAUUCUUAAGUAAUCGAAUUACUGGUAAUUUAAAAAAUGUUGGAAUGGUAGACCAAACUGAGUAAGAUGAAGUUUAAAUUAAAAAGUAAGUGGUAGUUCUUCUCCUUGAGUCCAGAAAAUUAUUCUGCAGCAAUCAAAGAUCAGCGCAGAGAGAUAUAACUAAACAGCAGUUCUGGUUUCAGUAAGCUUCAGAUAUCUAUGGUGUUGGCCAAAACAGUUUACAUAGGCUGUAUAUCAGAGAGGUGGUAUCUAGAACAAGGGAGGUGCUGGUUUCAGUAUAGGACAAGGACUUCUUACUAGGUAAAGCUGUUUACAGCCAGAAUAGGAACCUAGAAGGACAGGAAUUCCCUAUCUCUUGAGUGGUUCAGUAAACUUGCUAGGAUAUUGCAGAGGAUUGAAGCAGUGAACAAACAGAUAAAAUUGUUGACUUUUGGGAGGGGUGGGGAGAUUCACUCUCUAGAUGGUAAACACUUGUUUUUGUGAUGGGAAAGGUAACACUGAAUGAGGGUGGAGUGUACACAGCUUGACCAAGGUCAACAAUGUUAUGGAGAUAUACACAAGAGAAAAGGGCCUCUUAAUAAUUUCUAUGGCAUAUAUAAUUUUGAAAAAACAACCAAAAAUAUAUGUGUGGGUGUAUGCGUAUACAUGUAGACAUACAUAUGCAUAAACCAAAACCAAACCCGUUGCCAUCGAGUUGAUUCCGACUCAUAGUGACCCUAU